CAGACAGCCUCCAUGAGGGACCGUCUCCUGCAAGAGCAACACAGCUGAACAACCGAGGAGUAACCGGGGAGGCUUUCCAGAGAUUUGGAGGUUUGCACGCGCUGACAUUUCGUCCUGAAAUGUAGCCAGCAGCGUGAGUGGAGGGCUCGUUGUAAUCGCGCGGUCGCUGCAUGGCUCUUCCAGGGAUGCCAUGAAAAUCAGGAGAGCCGACUGAGAGACCGCUGCUCCUCGCUAUCACAGACACGGCGGUGGCGGCGGAGCUGGUGAGCGAUGGAUACUGCUGGAAAGAUCCACAUCAGGUAGCGACCACGAAGAUCCGAGAGGAGCUGAACGUCCCUGCUGCACAGUUAAGCCGCCGCCGGAGCUGUUAAAGGAUGGAUUUCACCCUGCUCCGGAACAUCAUCAGCAGAUACUGUGUGGGGGAGGAGAUCUGGGUGGACAGUCGGACGGUGUACAUCGGGCAUAAAGAACCUCCUCCGGGAGCUGAGGCCUACAUCCCUCAGCGUUACCCCGACAACCGCAUCGUCUCCUCCAAGUACACCUUCUGGAACUUCAUACCCAAGAAUUUGUUUGAGCAGUUCAGAAGAAUCGCUAACUUCUACUUCUUGGUCAUUUUUCUGGUCCAGCUUAUCAUCGACACCCCCACCAGCCCAGUCACCAGCGGCCUGCCCCUCUUCUUUGUUAUCACUGUCACCGCAAUAAAACAGGGCUACGAGGACUGGCUCAGACACAAGGCUGACUGCUCUAUAAACGAGUGUCCGGUGGAUGUGGUGCAGCAGGGGAAGGUGGUGAGGACGCAGAGUCACAAGCUACGGGUUGGGGACAUUGUCGUGGUGAAGGAGGACGAGACUUUCCCCUGUGACCUCAUCUUGCUCUCCUCCAGCCGCGAUGAUGGGACCUGCUACGUCACCACCACCAGCCUGGACGGGGAGUCCAGUCACAAGACCUAUUAUGCUGUACAAGAUACCAUGGCCUUUAGAACGGAGCAAGAGGUGGAUUCGCUACACGCCACUAUUGAAUGUGAACAACCACAGCCUGACCUCUACAAAUUUGUGGGACGCAUCAAUAUUUACAAGGACAAAGAAGAGCCUGUGGCGAGACCACUUGGGGCCGAGAAUAUGCUCCUUAGAGGAGCCACACUGAAGAACACACAACGUAUUUAUGCUGUUGCGGUCUACACUGGUAUGGAGACUAAGAUGGCACUUAAUUACCAGUCCAAAUCUCAGAAGCGCUCCGCUGUAGAAAAGUCGAUGAAUGCCUUUCUGAUCGUGUAUCUGUGCAUCUUGAUCAGUAAAGCGGUGAUCAACACUGUUUUGAAAUACGCUUGGCAGUGGUCUCCAGACCGAGACGAGCCCUGGUACAACCACAGGACUGAGAACGAGCGCCAACGCCAUGUGGUGAUCCGAGCAUUCACAGACUUCCUGGCCUUCAUGGUCUUAUUUAAUUACAUCAUCCCAGUGUCCAUGUACGUGACGGUGGAGAUGCAGAAGUUCCUGGGCUCCUAUUUCAUCACUUGGGAUGAGGAAAUGUUCGACGAAGAGCUGGGAGAGGGUGCUCAGGUCAACACCUCUGACCUGAAUGAGGAGCUGGGACAGGUGGAGUAUGUGUUUACUGAUAAGACGGGCACUCUCACUGAGAACAACAUGGAGUUUAUUGAAUGCUGUGUCGAUGGGAACGUCUACAUCCCGCACGCCAUCUGCAACGGCCAAAUCCUCAGCGCUGCCUCCAGUAUAGACAUGAUUGACUCCUCACCUGGAGGAUACAGGAGAGAACACGAGGAUCUGUUUUUCCGGGCGCUGUGUCUGUGUCACACGGUGCAGGUGAAGGAGGAGGAGACGGUGGAUGGGAUCAAGAGGGGCAUCCACCAGGGCAGGCCCACCUCCUUCUACAUCUCCUCCUCACCAGAUGAGGUGGCUUUGGUGGAGGGAAUGAAAAGGCUGGGUUACACCUAUCUGAGGCUAAAAGACAACUACAUGGAGAUCCUCAACAAAGACGAUGAGAUUGAAAGGUUUGAGCUGCUUCAUGUCCUGAACUUUGACUCAGUCAGGAGGAGAAUGAGCGUAAUAGUUAAGUCAAGCUCAGGAGAAUACCUGCUGUUCUGUAAGGGGGCAGACUCAUCCAUUUUUCCGCGGGUCGUUUCUGGGAAGGUGGAGCAGGUGAAAGCCCGGGUGGAGCAGAAUGCUGUAGAGGGGCUGCGGACUCUGUGUGUCGCUUAUCGAAGGCUGUCAGAGUCCGAAUACCAGGAGGCGCGUCAUCACCUCAACGAAGCCAAGCUGGCCCUGCAGGACAGGGAGCAGCGGCUGGCACAGGCCUAUGACAUCAUUGAGAGGGACUUUGUGCUUUUGGGCGCUACGGCAGUGGAGGACAGGCUUCAGGAAAAAGCUGCGGACACCAUUGAGUCACUCCACAAAGCCGGGAUGAAAGUUUGGGUCCUGACGGGGGACAAGAUGGAGACGGCGGCGGCUACCUGCUAUGCCAGCAAGCUCUUCCGUCGCAGCACGCAGAUCCUGGAGCUGACCAAGAAACGUACAGAAGAGCAGAGUCUGCACGAUGUUCUGUUUGAACUCAACAGGACGGUUCUCAGACAACGCUCGAUAUCUGGGUUGUCAGUAGACUGCCUAGACUUCGGACUCAUCAUUGACGGGGCCACUCUGUCUGCAGUACUGAAGCCCAACCAGGAGGGAGCCGGUUCUGGCAACUACAGAGAGAUCUUUCUAGAAAUCUGUCGCAACUGUAGCGCCGUGCUCUGCUGUCGCAUGGCACCGCUCCAGAAAGCUCAGAUUGUGAAGCUAAUUAAAGCUUCCAAGGAGCACCCCAUAACCCUCGCCAUCGGCGACGGGGCCAACGAUGUCAGCAUGAUCCUGGAAGCCCAUGUGGGCAUCGGCAUCAUGGGUAAAGAGGGCCGACAGGCAGCAAGGAACAGUGACUAUGCCAUCCCGAAGUUCAAGCACCUGAAGAAGAUGCUACUCGUUCAUGGCCACUACUACUACAUCCGAAUCGCUGAACUUGUUCAGUACUUCUUCUACAAGAAUGUAUGCUUCAUCUUUCCUCAGUUCCUGUACCAGUUCUUCUGUGGCUUCUCCCAGCAGCCUCUGUACGACACCGCCUAUUUGACGUUGUACAACAUCAGCUUCACCUCACUCCCCAUCCUCCUCUACAGCCUGGUUGAGCAGCACGUCACCAUGGAGACACUCAAGAGGGAGCCCUCCUUGUAUAGGGACAUAGCGAAGAACUCCCUCCUCCGCUGGCCUGUCUUCCUGUACUGGACGUGCCUGGGUGUGUUUGACGCUGUUAUCUUCUUCUUUGGUGCCUACUUCCUGUUCGACAACACCACUUUCACCAGCAACGGCCAGCUUAUGACCACCAACACACAGAUGAUGUUUGGGAACUGGACAUUUGGGACUCUCGUCUUCACUGUGCUGGUCUUCACCGUUACGCUCAAGCUUGCCUUGGACACACACCACUGGACUUGGAUCAAUCACUUUGUCAUCUGGGGGUCGCUACUUUUCUACGUUAUUUUCUCUCUUCUCUGGGGAGGCAUUAUUUGGCCCUUCCUCAACUACCAGAGGAUGUAUUACGUGUUCAUGCAGAUGCUGUCCAGCGGUCCGGCCUGGCUCAGCAUCAUCCUGCUCAUUACGGUCAGCCUGCUGCCAGAUGUCAUCAAGAAGGUCCUCUGCAGGGCCAUCUGUCCCACAGCCACUGAACGUGCACAGGAUCAUGAGAGGCUGCUGCAGGGUGGCGUGGCUGAGUCGACUCCACUGUCCUCUCGUCGAUCCUACAAAGGCACGAGCACAGACUCCUCUCACCUCCACCUUGGCGCUGCGGAGACGCUGUCGCUCCGUAGGUCUGACCCCCUUCCGCAGAAACUGCUGGUCCACUUGGCAGAAGGCGGAGGGGCAGACUUGUGCUCUCUCAGCCCCUAUAUGCUCCGUCUUUCAGGGGCGGGGUUCGCCUACUACGCUCCGGGGCCUGAGACCUCCGUGUGAACACAAACGAAGGCUCUAAAACUAUGAGUGUGUGUGGAAAAGUGCACCUCAAGAUGUGCAACACAAGAUCUGCGUCUCAAGGAUGGAGGAUUUAUAGAGCAACAUGUUCACACACAUCAACCUCCAUGCUGAGUUCACCAUGUGCAUUUUUUGGGCUACACCUGAGUGAAAAACCCUUUAGAUAUUACAGCCCUGACGCCUCAUCUUCAUACUUUGACAUCUUUUCCUACUCACCUGAGAACAAAAGGGGAACCAUGUGCGAAGGUGUUUCAUGCACUAUGAGCUGUCCUGUUUUCAGGCCUUUUUUGUACUCCUCGUCCUCAUUUUCAGUCUUGCCUGUUCCUCCACUUCCGUGUCCUUUUUGCUCCUUUGUCCUAAACAUUUAACGUUCAGUCUGUGGUCUGGCCAAGUAAGGGGCAGCCGUCAGCCCUUUAGGUGUGCGUGCGUGUGCAUGUGCGCGAGUGUAUGCAUGAAAUUUGCCUGUUAACUGUAUGUUUGUAUGUGACACACCUUUGCCUUACAGGUAGCCACACAGCAGCAGGCUAGGAGCCAAAGGAGAAAGGUGUUAAAAAAAAAGAAACAAAAAAGUGGUGUAUUACAAAGCCUUACACACACACACACCCAUCAGCUGAGGAGAGAAACGGGAAAGAGGGAUGUGCAGUAUUUGAGCCACCCUGCCUUAAUUCAUACAUUUUUAGUGGAUUAUAUUUAUAGGUCAGUUAAAACUUGUUUUUCGAGGUUCAGAGGGCAUACGUGUCUGGUACAGUGUGUCUGUUUUUCUUCUUGUAACUUCACGGUUGUGUCAGGUCUUUUUUUUUUCAUACCUGCCAGUUGUAGCAUGUCCCUGCUGCAUGCUGAUCUGUUCUUCUCGCCAUUUGUCCUCAUUCUCCCUCCACGUCAUUCAUCUCAAUCAGGGGUCAGCAACCUUGACUAUCAAAGGAGCAAUUUUUGCCCAAACAAAAAAAAGUAUCUCCCAAAAUCUGUCAGGAGCCAAAUAUCUGAACCUUUUAAUGAAGGCUACACAACCUUCUAAGUCUAACUAGCCUAUCAAUCAAUCAAUAUUGGAUUAUUUAGUGGUUGAAGCCUUGAACACCUGGAUCGAAGUUUUCUUUUGCUACAUUCAGACACCUUUCACUUGCAUAUAAAUCUCUGAAGCCUGAGAAAAUUUGUUUGAUUUCUUUCAAAAACAUGGGAAAGAAGAAGAAAUGUCCCGCAAACUGUAAAAAAG